AUGUGCGAGUACUUUUUAUAUUACAUCUCCAACGAAUUCAAGGACCAGCUGAAGCAGUUGAUUCCGUUUGUCCUGGAUCCUAGUCAGCUCUUAGAAAAGGAGAUCAACGGCUCGAAAGUAACUUGCCGAGGCCUCUUGGAUUCCCCCCUCCCCCUACAGAAAGAAGACAUCAACAAUGAUUGGCUGGGGAUGGAGAAUGAUCCCUUGACAGGAUUUUCGUGGCGGGGGGGCUCCGAUCCCGAGACCACCGGCAUUCAGAUCUGGAGCGAAGUCUUCAUCGUGAUGAAGCCCAACGGGAAGAAGGUCGCUGUUGUGCUGAUGGACACCCAGGGGGCCUUUGACAGUCAGUCCACCGUCAAAGACUGCGCCACCAUUUUUGCCCUCAGCACCAUGACCAGCUCCGUUCAG